AUUGACCACAAGUGAUAAUAUCUAAAUUUGGAUUUGUUCAACGACACAACACGUAACGCGUCUUCCCGUAUCUUGCGUAUGACUCCUUGAGAGCCUCUCUUUAAUUGUCCUAUAAAUAUAAGUCUCUCUUGCAAGACUUUUGAAACCACAACAAACACAAAAAUCAAAAGGGGUCAUUUACUAUCUUUUAAGAGACGACAUAUAUAGUUCUCGACCAAGAAAAGAAAAGGGGGUGACCUGAGUUCUUCAACACAUAACAUAAUGGCCGGAGUUUUCAAAACGGUUACGUUUCUUGUUUUGGUUUUCGCUGCCGUUGUUGUCUUCGCGGAGGACUACGAUGUUGGUGAUGAUACGGAAUGGACGAGACCUAUGGACCCCGAGUUCUAUACUACUUGGGCUACCGGUAAAACUUUCCGUGUAGGCGACGAGCUCGAAUUUGAUUUCGCUGCUGGGAGGCAUGAUGUGGCAGUUGUAUCAGAAGCUGCAUUUGAAAACUGUGAGAAAGAGAAACCCAUUAGCCACAUGACCGUUCCUCCGGUCAAAAUUAUGCUAAACACCACUGGACCACAAUACUUUAUCUGCACCGUCGGUGACCAUUGUCGUUUUGGUCAAAAACUUUCCAUCACUGUAGUUGCUGCUGGUGCAACUGGAGGUGCUACUCCUGGUGCCGGUGCUACCCCAGCACCUGGAUCAACCCCAAGUACUGGAGGAACCACUCCUCCCACUGCGGGUGGGACCACAACACCUUCAGGCUCUAGCGGAACCACUACUCCAGCUGGAAAUGCCGCUUCCUCAUUAGGUGGUGCUACUUUUCUGGUCGCUUUUGUUUCUGCUGUUGUUGCUCUCUUUUGAGUCACACUCGAAACCUAGUUAUGUAUUUGUUUUACCUUACUCUCCUUAUUUAAAUAGUCAUGUAUUUGAUUAUUUGUGAGAAUAAGGACUUGUUUUCAAGUCAUUAUAAACGUCUUAUACUUGUGAUUAGUAUUGAGUUUCAAUAUAUGAUUAUUCGGUUGCAAAAUAAAGAGUGGGUUUCAAUAUCAUUGAGAUUACUACUAUAUAUUACCAUAUUUCAUGAAAAUUAGUCAUCUUCUUCAUCCAAUUUGUCUAGUUUUCAUGUAUAAUUAGACAAAAUUUGCCUUCUCAAUAUUUUCAAUCAACGAGUAAACAUUACCUGAUUGUGAACCGAAGUUAG